AUGCUGUAUCGCCAUCCGGCUGGGCGCGCUCAGUGUUUGCCUGCAGUGGUUUUUCCCAUCGGUUUGCUACUUCUUUACUGCUCCGGUUGCAUUUCACCAGUGCAAUGCCUACCGAAAGUGUUCCGUAGUAACGACAUUUGCGGGGUGUACAAUGGCCAUCGGGUUUACUUCGAGCUCGGAGAUCGUGGCCAGCUGCAAGCGACUAAUGUGACCAUUCCUUACCUCUCUCGAACGGCGUUGGUGAACCAAACCACCCCCAACGUUUGUACGCUCGAGCUGGUAACAUGUCCAUCGUGCAACUUCAAAAUCUCAUUAAGCUACUCGAACUUUCCGGCCAAGUGUGCUGUUCACAAUGAACCGCCGUGCCGCUGCGACUAUCUGGAAUUUACUGAGCCACCGUUCGAUUCGACGGAAUACACCGGUCGGCGCAACUGUGGCCACGAUGUGGUCUACCAAACGCAAACCCGUUCGGUGUUGAUUAAAUUCGUGUACUGGAGUAAUCAUUCGCAUGCGUUCACCUUGGAUUACGUUGCCGAGCGCAAUCGUGAGACAAUUCAAGCAAAUCCCGGACCCGCCCCCAAUGUGACCAGUAUUAAUAACUAUCUGCACCACCGUAUCAUCGCUACCCCCUACUUUCCUUCCUACUAUCCGAGGGAUUUCGGGAAGGAGUACGUCCUUAGCUGCAAUGUCGAAGCGUGCCGCAUCAAUGUGAUCUUCAGUGACUUCCAGUUGGCGAAAACGUCCACAAUGGAAUUCUACGACUGGAACGGGCAGCGCUUGGGAGCCGUGUCGGGGGCAAUAUUCCGCCCACCGGUCAUUCAGAGCACAGGUCCUUCCAUGAUCAUACGAUUCUACGCUAACGGGGGCUCGGGGUUGGGCUACCGUGCGCUCGUAUCCUUCCUGAAUAUUGCCAGCUCCGCGGAAGAGUCGCUGCAUCCAAACACGAACUGUGGCGGCGUGGUGGAGAACAUCGGCGGAGCGAUCACGAUGAUGAAGAUGCUCGAUGGGACCAACGACACGCGAGUGUUCGAUUGUGUGUGGCUCAUAAAGCCCCCGAACACGUACGCCCAUCUCAAGACGCACCUAUCGCUGAAGGUGGAGACCUUCGAGAAAUUGGGUCCCCAUUCGAUGCUAACCGUCAUUCAGGGGACCACUUCCGACGGGACGGUACUCAGUGUGACGAAAGUUGAUGGGGGGCUUGCGAAGAAAGAUUUGGUGGUUCCUCUGACGUCUGGCUUCUACGUUCAUCUUCGGGCAACAUUCGGUCAACUGUCGCGCCUUGCGUUGGUUUACGCGGGAUUUAGCUAUUUAGACUGUUACAUGGGAACGGAGUUUCUCUGCCAGAAUCGAAAAUGCAUUCCCAUACAGCUACACUGCGACGGUUUUGAUCACUGUGGGGACGAAAGCGACGAACCGGAGAGCUGCGUCCAAGAAUGGGCCGGUGAACCGAUCGACCGACGGUGGUAUUCGCACACCCCGAACUACUACUUUCCCAAGAUGGACCACUAUCCCGAUCUGCGUACCGCCACCAUCAUUUUCAUUGCCAGCAGUCUCGGACUUAUCAUGCUUAUAUCGGCCCUCAUAGUGCUCCUUUAUCGCACCGGAAGCCGGGCACGCCACCAGCGGGAACUUCAGAGUCAGCUGCAAACGAUCAGUGAACUACUAGUAAGUGUUAUUCUUGUAGACAGCAACAAUACGCACGGCCCGGAAGAACUAGACGAUCCACCGAUGUACGAAGCACCCCCAAACUACGACGAGAUCAUCAAGGUGGGAAUGGACGAAGAAAUGACGCGUAAACGACGCCGGCGUUCCUCAUCGGCGUCCGGAAGACGCAGCCGUAUGAGGCGCUCACGCCGACCGAGCAACACAUCGGAGGUGCAUAAUCCCAUACUGGAGGUUCAACUUCCUCCCGAGACGGGCAGCAUUCCCUCGACGAGUGGCUAUACGCUGGGCCGUGGUGGGAAUGGGUUUGAUGAAUGCGACCACUACGAUAGUGAUGCGUACGAACGUUAUUCGGACGUGGACAUCGACGAUCAUGAUCUACGGCUGGCCAACUGGGCUCAAACAGCAGACCGGGGUGAUUUUCUCAUCAGCUCCCGUAUACUAGAAACUCCAGCGUCGCCUGCGGGCCCGAGCCAAAGCGUCGAUGCUCCAACCUCCAGCCCACCGCCCACGUACGACCAAAGCAAUGCUCGAUUCUUUGCGAGCUGCACCGCGGCGCAACAAGCGGCCAGCGUUGCGGCUGGCAUCACGCGUAGCAUUGCGGAAGACGCUGUCCCGAUCACACUCGGAAUAAGUUUCCAUCCCAGCACCACCGUUGUCAGCUUGCCUUCGUGCUCGGUCAUCACACGUCCCGUGGAAAUAUCAACGUUAACAUCAGCACCUGCACCACCGUCCACAAACACUCCGAUGUCAGCUACUAUCAACCAGACUUUGAGCACAUCAACGGAGUAUUCGAACGGAAACAUUAUUUGCACUAGCACUGUGUUAGCGAACAGCAAUGCCAUUAUCACGUCAAGUAGUAACAUGCAUCCUACGGUCACUUGGAACGAGUCAACCCAGACAGAGCGUCCGUGGCAAAUGUUUGGAGGAAGCUUAGAUGACCAUAGGUCUAUGCAAAGACAAGUCCCUGCACCACUUGCAACGACGCAGACAUCUUACAACUCAUUGGACUUUGAUCAGAUGCAGGAGAUCGAUACCUAUCUUCUUGGAUAUGGUAAUGCAACGUCGGAGGACAAUGGAGUAUCUUCCGUCAGCAGUCAAGAAACGAUCAACUCCAACCGAACUUCCCUAACGCAGCUAACAGUGUCCACGACUGGAUCGUUUCCUCCGACCGUCUGUCUCUGCCAGUCGCUCAGGAGGGCACUAAGCAAUCCCCAGGGCCAUGCAGUUACGUCCCCUGCACCAGCAUCCUCCGUUCUAAGCUACGAGAUGAUCAGCAAACAUUGUCCUGCUUGUCGAGGGCAAUCGAUGGGUCGUAGCGCUACGCUCCAGCAAGCUGCUAUCCCUGCUACAUCAGGACCUACAUACUGUGCACAUUGCAAUGGGCGCAUCACGGGCGCGCCGGGCUUUCAUCAGACGACCCGCAACAGUAACGAGACGAGCGGAGAGCAGCGAGAAAACGAAAAGACCGUCCUGCCUACCAGCGCCAUGUGCACAUGCGUUGGGAAGUUUCCAUCACAAAGCAACAUCACGCGGACGACAUCCGCCGUGGGGACGUUGCUAGCCACGCGCACUUUUUCGAUGGAUCGGUUGGAUGAUGGCGGCUUCCCUGGUGGAAGCUACGGCAACGAUCGACGCAGUGCGCGCAGCUCAACCAGUGCCGUGUCCCGAUUCGAUGCGUACAUGAAUGCAAACUAUGCCACCACCAACAAUGACCGGCGAAACGAAGCAUAACUGACAUGCGUCGUUCGGGUGUGAUAAUCUAUCUUAUUUAUGUAUGUAACUAUGUGUAAUAAAGAUGUUUUUCGUAUGAAGUAAUA